AUGGCUCCCGCGAGGCCGCCCAGUCUCCUGGCUCUGCUGCUGCUCUCGCUGCUGCUGCCCCAGGCAGAUACUCGGUCUUUCGUAGUGGACCGGGAUCACGACCAGUUCCUCCUGAACGGAGUUCCGUUCCGCUAUGUGUCUGGCAGUCUGCACUAUUUCCGGAUCCCGCGGGUCCUUUGGGCUGACCGGCUUCUCAAGAUGCGAAUGAGCGGCCUCAACGCCAUACAGUUCUAUGUGCCCUGGAACUACCAUGAGCCAGAGCCGGGGGUCUAUAAUUUUGAAGGCAGCCGAGACCUCAUUGCGUUUUUGAAUGAGGCAUAUCAGGCGGACUUGUUGGUCAUACUGAGGCCAGGACCUUACAUCUGUGCUGAGUGGGAGAUGGGGGGUCUCCCAUCCUGGUUGCUACGAAACCCCAAAAUUCACCUGAGAACCUCAGAUCCAGACUUCCUUGCUGCAGUGGACUCCUGGUUCAAGGUCUUGCUGCCCAAGAUCUAUCCAUGGCUGUACCACAAUGGGGGUAACAUCAUUAGUGUUCAGGUGGAAAAUGAAUAUGGUAGUUUUAAGGCCUGUGAUUUCAGCUACUUGAGGCACCUGGCUGGGCUAUUCCGUGCAUUACUAGGAGACAAGAUCUUGCUCUUCACCACAGAUGGACCUGAAGGACUCAAAUGUGGCACCCUCAAGGGAGUCUACACCACAAUCGAUUUUGGCCCAGCUGACAACAUGACCAAAAUCUUUAACCUGCUUCGGAAAUAUGAACCCCAUGGGCCACUGGUAAACUCUGAGUACUACACAGGCUGGCUGGAUUACUGGGGCCAGAAUCACUCCACACGGUCCAUUCCGUCUGUCACCAGAGGACUGGAAAACAUGCUGCAUUUGGGAGCCAGUGUGAACAUGUACAUGUUCCAUGGAGGUACCAACUUUGGAUACUGGAAUGGUGCUGAUGAGAAGGGGCGCUUCCUUCCCAUCACUACCAGCUAUGACUACGACGCACCCCUCUCUGAAGCAGGAGAUCCCACACCUAAGCUUUUUGCUCUUCGAAAUGUCAUCAGCAAGUUCCAGGAAAUUCCUUUGGGACCAUUACCACCCCCCAGCGGUAAGAUGAUACUUGGACCUUUAACCCUGCGCUUGGACGGGAGUUUGCUGGCUUUCUUAGACUUCCUGUGCCCUGAAGGGCCUAUCCAUUCAGUUCUUCCAUUGAGCUUUGAGGCUGUCAAGCAGGAUCAUGGCUUUAUGCUGUACCGGACCUAUCUGGUCAAUACCUAUACAGAGCUAACAUCCUUCUGGGUGCCAAACAAUGGACUCCAUGAUCGUGCCUACGUGAUGAUGAACGGGGUAUUUCAGGGCAUUCUGGAACGAAGUAUGCAAUACAGACUGCUGCUUAUUGGAAAAAUGGGAGACCAACUGGAUGUGUUAGUGGAAAACAUGGGGAGGCUCAGUUUUGGGUCUAACAGCAGUGACUUCAAGGGCCUGCUGGAGCCGCCACUUCUGGGACACCAAGUCCUUACUCAGUGGUCCAUAUUCCCUCUGAAAAUCGAUAAGUUUGUAAAGUGGUGGCUUCCUGCCCAGUCUCCAAAAAUGCCACACCUUCCAACUCCCUCUGGCCCCGUCUUCUACUCUACAACAUUUCCAAUUGUAGGCACAGCUGGGGACACAUUUCUCUACCUCCCUAAAUGGUCCAAGGGCCAGGUGUGGAUCAAUGGGUUUAACUUGGGCCGAUACUGGACAAAGCAGGGGCCACAACAGACCCUCUACGUGCCAAGACCCCUUCUAUUUCCUCAUGGAAACUUGAACAUAAUCACAGUGCUGGAGCUAGAAAAUGUCCCUCUCAAUCCCCAGAUCCAAUUUCUGGACAGGCCUAUCCUCAAUAGCACCUUGCAUAGGACAUACCUCAAUGAGCCCUUAACUCACGAGCAAAUGGAACUGAGUGGGCACUGA